GGCCGGGCACUCUCGCGAGAGGCGGCGGAAGCGGCGGGGCGAGGCCCGGAGGUGCAGCCGCAGCCGGAGCGAUCAUGGCCGAGACCGACCCGAAGAGCGUCCAGGACCUGACGGCCAUGGUGCAGACAUUGCUCCAGCAAAUGCAGGACAAAUUUCAAACCAUGUCUGACCAAAUAAUUGGAAGAAUCGAUGACAUGAGCUGCCGCAUCGAUGACCUGGAGAAGAACAUCGCCGACCUCAUGACGCAGGCGGGCGUGGAGGAGCUCGAGGGCGAGAACAAGACCCCGGCUUCCAACAAGGGCUAAAGUGAGGCAGUUGCUCCUUGGCCUUGGAACAAAGCUGUUGCCAAUAACUCAAGAUGAAUCAUGGAAGAUGACUUUUUUUUCUACAAAUCCUUGGAAUUAAAGAAUGGCUUUUUGCAACUCCUGUGUGUGAAAGCAUUUUUAUAUUGUUACAGAGCUUGCAUUCCUAAUGUAUAGUUGGGGUAGGGUAGUUUCUAUUUUGAUUUGUGUACUGUAAUUUCACUUUUUGAAUUCUUGUUACGAGGAUCACUUGGUUGUGUUAUUAAAACACAGAUCUUAUGGAUCUCAACUCCUGGGUGUAUUUUUUUGUGGAGUCACUUUUUUCUCUUUCCUGUACUUUUCUAGACGUUUCAUGUUUGAUAGCUCAGCAUUUAGUGACUCCCACCAAAUGGGAAUCUUGCCUUGUCCUACGUGAGUUUGUGGAGUGAAGCACAAGAUUGAAACUUAAUUAAUUGCAUUAAUUGUAGCUCUGAGCAUCAGGCACUCACUAGUUGAGGAUUGUGUUGUCUUUCAUACAUGUAAUAAGGUGAUUUUUGGAAACAUGAGACACUGAACAUCAAAAUCAUCUCUGCUACUCCUGGUAUUACCUGAGCUGUGUGUUCCUGGAACAUAAACCAGAAAUGCAGAUUGACCAUGAGAGACAUCUGAGCAACCACUGCCACCCCAAGCUGUGACACCUGGACAGACAAGGAACUAUUAACUGUGCACAAUCUCACUGUGGGAGUGAAGGUUUUGAACAUUCUGCUUUGAAACUUUGUCCUUUGGCAUCAUCUUUGAUCAAGAACUGGGACUGAAGAGGAUUGGGAUUGAUAGUGGACAGAGCAGGGAUGGGAUUGUGGAAUGUCUGUGUGGGUUUUCAGUGGGAAUCACUGGCUUGUUGGACAGAGCAGUUUGCUAACAAAGCAGUGAUACACUGAGGAACAAAAAAGGAAAGAAUCCAGAUAGAUUUUUAAAGCCUUGCUUCUCUUGGAAUAACAACUUACUGCAAAAUACUUUAUUUAGAGGAGUGUUUGCUUUUCUAAUCAUACCCACAUCCUUGGGCCUGGGGUAUAUAUUUAUUACAUUUUGGCAAUGGAAGGUGUAUUUGGGAGAGUCUGUACUGUGUCACUUGUGGAGAAAAAUGACCAAUGUCAGCUGUUCCUGACAAUCAUUGCAAUGCUCCUCCAGCUUCAAAUGCAAAUUUAUCAAGCACUAGUGGCAGGCAGCAGUUGCAGGUGGCCCACACUUAAACUGCUCCUUGAAUGCCACCAGAUGAGCAGCUAGUGCUGUGAAGGCAAUAUGACAGGUCAUUUUUCCAAACUCAUUGUAAUAAAAGCUCAUAAUAACAGGGGACUUUUGUGAACAUGAGAAAUGUAUCGAUAUAUACUUGUAAUACCAGCCUUAGGUUCUUUGUAAUGUCAUUUCAAAAAAAAUCUAAUAAACUGUUAUGUGGUAACAAA